ACACUAUAGUUUAAUUUCUUCAUAUCGAUUUCCACCAAAACACAAGACACAGUCAAAGAAGAAAAGAGGAAUGGAUUUCAAUAGCAACGGUUCUGAAGAAAAUGAACUGUACCGUGCUCAGAUCCAUUUAUACAAACAUGUAUACAACUUUGUAAGCUCCAUGGCACUGAAAUCUGUGAUGGAACUAGGCAUAGCAGAUGUAAUCGACAACCAUGGAAAACCCAUGACUCUUAACGAAUUAGCCACAUCUUUGAAACUCCACCCUUCUAAAGUUAACAUCCUCCAUCGUUUCUUACGCCUAUUAACAUACAAUGGUUUCUUUGUUAAAACAACAGUGAAUGCCAAAGAAGGUGGAGAAGGAGAAAUAGCAUAUUCUCUCACACCUCCUUCAAAGCUUCUUGUGAGUGGAAAAUCAACAUGUUUAGCACCAAUUGUUAAAGGAGCGCUUCAUCCAAGUUCUCUUGACAUGUGGAGUGCUUCUAAGCAAUGGUUCAAUGAGGAUAAGGAACAAACCCUGUUUGAGAGCGCAACAGGGGAGAGCUUUUGGGACUUUCUUAACAAACAAUCUGAUACUUUGAGUAUGUUUCAAGAUGCUAUGGCAUCUGAUUCUAGAAUGUUUGAGCUUGCUCUUCAAGAGAACAAACAUGUCUUUGAGGGUUUGGAGUCUCUUGUUGAUGUUGGAGGUGGAACUGGUGGUGUCACUAAACUCAUCAAUAAAGCUUUUCCUCACCUUAAAUGCACUGUUUUUGAUCAACCGCAGGUUGUUGGUAACUUAACUGGAACUGAAAAUUUGAACUUUGUUGGCGGAGAUAUGUUCAAGUCUAUUCCUCCUGCAGAUGCUGUUUUACUCAAGUGGGUUCUACACGAUUGGAAUGAUGAACAAUCUUUGAAGAUAUUGAAGAACAGUAAAGAAGCUAUUUCUGGCAAAGGGAAAGAUGGAAAAGUGAUUAUCAUCGACAUAUCAAUCGAUGAAACAAGUGAUGAUCGUGAAUUAACUGGGUUGCAAUUGGACUAUGAUUUGGUGAUGCUGACAAUGUUCCUUGGAAAAGAAAGAGAAAAGAAAGAAUGGGAGAAACUUAUUUACGAUGCUGGUUUCAGUAGUUACAAAAUUAGAACCAUAAGUGGCUUUAAGUCCAUCAUUGAAGUUUUUCCUUAACUUUAACUUGAAGCAGCUUGGGUCCAGUUAUGCCUCAUAUUUAAUAAGUUUCUAUUUGAGAGUCAAAUUAAUAGCGUCUUUAUUUUUUUGGAUUGUAUUGGUGUUUAUUGAUUCCUAUAAGAAACGAAUUUCCCAAACUUGUUAUUGGUGUAGAGAUCAUUGUUCCAAUUGGAAAAGUCAUUGGUGUUCCCUUUUUCUACUUAUGACAAAUUAAAUGAAGUGAUUUUUAAUUAAAUCA